UUACCUUGGCGCAAACUGCGCAUGCGUGUGUCCGGCAGGAACAACGGGGUCCUCAUGCGAAACCCUUGGGCAGGAUUAUUUUGCUUCGCAACGCGGUGACUGCAGUGAGAAGAUCACGAGCCCUACCACGGUCACCUCACCCAACUACCCGAACAACUAUCCUUAUGGGCUGACCUGCGCCAAGUGGAUCGUGGCGCCCGAGUGUAAGCUGCCCAGAGUCACCUUCACCGCCUUCAGGUUGGCUUCCUGUUCCAAGAGGUGGGACCAGCUGGAGAUUCGAACCAACAACCGCUUUGAUGGCAACUUCUACUGCGGGACCGAGAUCGCCCCGGGAACCUCGGUCACGUCAACCACCAACGAGAUCAUCCUCAUGUUCUACACAAGGUCCAAUACCGAGUCUGGUUGGUCAGCAGAUGUCACCUUUGUAGAUGACCCUAACUGCAAUUCCGCAACUACCACACAGGCACCAACCACCCAGCCUCCCACUACACAGGCACCAACCACUCAGCCCCCCACUACACAGACACCAACCACUCAGCCCCCCACUACACAGGCACCAACCACCCAGCCUCCCACUACACAGGCACCAACCACUCAGCCCCCCACUACACAGGCACCAACCACCCAGCCUCCCACUACACAGGCACCAACCACUCAGCCUUCCACUACACAGGCACCAACCACUCAGCCCCCACUACACAGGCACCAACCACCAGCCUCCACUACACAGGCACCAACCACUCAGCCUCCCACUACACAGGCACCAACCACUCAGCCCCCCACUACACAGGCACCAACCACCCAGCCUCCCACUACACAGGCACCAACUACUGAGGCAACAAGUACCGAGGGACCAAGUACCGAAGCACCCACUACACAGGUUUCAACUACUGUGGCACCAACUACUGAGGCAACAACCGCUCCACCAUCUUCUCCACGCUGUUCGCUAACCUCGACCGCUCAAGGAGUGUCUUGGCGCUCGCCGAACUUCGGCUCUGAAAACUAUCCAAACAACUUCCGCUGCGGACUUACUGGAAGCGCCCCCUCACCGUACACGACCACCUUCCAGCUCAACACCUUCCAGCUGCAGGGGAAGAAGCGCAGGAGAUGCGUCGACUUUGUUGGCAUUCAGAUUCCUUACAACAGGACCGUAAAGCUCUGCGGAGGCAAACAAGGCGCUGUGGUGGUGCCCAAUUUGAACAUAAACGUCAGCUUUGUCACCGAUGCCUCGAAAACGGACGUGGGCUUCGACAUUGGCAUCACGUGGCAGAAGACGGGUUGCCAUCGCGUCAUCGAGCUCACCGAGGACGACGCGACGGGCGUCAUCCAGAGCCCGAGAUACCCGAGGAAGUACAAGAAGAAUACUGUGUGCGAAUGGUGGAUUGUGGCCCCCGAAGGAAAGCGAAUCCAGCUGGACUUUGCCACGAUUCGUCUUCGGGACAAGAAAUGCCUUAACUCCUACAUCGCGGUCGACAAAUCCGGCUCGGCCAAGUACUUCCCCGACAACAGCGCCCUCUUCUGCGCCGCCGACAGGUCGGCCAACGUUAUCUCGGACGGGAAUCAGGUGAACGUUGCCUUCGCCGGCGGGAAAAGGUCGAAGGGCUUCUCUGCACGAUACACGCUCGUGUAAACGCCAAGGAUGUGGCGCUUUGGACGCUGCGGCGACGACCGUUUCUGCUAGAUAUUGGCUUAAACCUGAAACUAUUUCAGCCAUACCUCUAUACACUCACGCACUAGCAAUACGCACACACGCACUCCCACACAGAUACAGACACAGACAGACAUAGACACAGACAGACAUAGACACAGACAGACAUAGACACACACACACACAUACUCACACUCACACAGAUAUGCGCACACACAUAGUAUGUAUUUUGGGUAUUGCUAUCAAUCUUCGUGUAUAAUGAGGAGUGAUUUGUUACACCAAUAUUUACAAAUAUUUUUCGAAUGCAAUAAAUAUGGAUAACGAG